AAUAGUCUGAUCGAUCUGUUUGCCUCUUUCUCUCGCCAGUCGCAGUGAACCCAGUCCAAAUCGCUCUUGGUCUCCGCUCGAAUCAACAAAUUUCUCUCGCUCUCCUCGCACAGAAAUGCAAAACCAAAGAGAUAGAGAUCCGUUUCCUGCUCAAAAUCUCAAACUUGCUACUGCUCAGUUUAUUCUUUUGAGGUGUCUUUGAAAUUGAUGUUGUGCUUGAUUUUGAUGGAUGCGAUUGGGCUUUAUUCCAUUGUUUUGGUAAUGGAUUUCUUCAUUUGCUUUUGAGAUCAACAUCAGAGCCAACCCAGACUCGAUUACAGAAUUCAUCAGUUGAGGUGAAUCCUCAUCUCCUUCUUUCCAAUUCUUUCUGUCAGUAUAGGUUAUAAGUGGCUGCCCUCCAACUCCACCGCAAAGAUAUUCUUUACUUAUCAUCAGAAACAAACUUUGCUGAUCAGAACACAAUCAUCAGGACGCUACCCAAAACUAAUUCAUUUAGCUCUUCAGAAUAAAUUGUAUGCAAAAAAGUGUACACAUUGUUUAUCUGCUGCUGUUCCUCUGUGCAUCGUUUGCCAUUAUCCCAGUCUCUUGCUCUUAUUAAGAAACUAUGAUUCUCUCCCUCUCUCUCUCCGUUUGUUCAUAUUGAUCCUACGGCGUCGUUUUGAUGGCUGCUGCGAGGGUUGAGCACGGAGAUCUGUGGAAGAGCAACGCCCUCUCCGUACAGCGCCGGAUCAGGGAGCGGUUCAGAGUCGAGGUGGACUGCCGAUUCAGGCACCACCCGAUUUUCGCCGACGGCUACUUCGCCUCUACCGUGCAGCGGUGGCUCCAGCGGUUCCGUGAUUUCAAGAGGGACUCGCUUCAGUCCUCCACCGUCUUCUAUCGCCAACGAGUGGGCAAGGAAAUCAACGCUGAAGAAGAGUCGGCCAUUCUUCGCAUGGUGCAAGCUGUUGCUGUGCCGGUCAUUGGCAAUGUUUGCCAUGUGUUCAUGAAUGGAUUAAAUCGUGUUCAGGUCUAUGGUUUAGAAAAAUUUCAUGACGCGUUGCUACGCAGACCCAAAGACAGGCCUCUUAUAACGGUUAGCAAUCAUGUGGCUUCUAUGGAUGAUCCGCUUGUUAUUGCUGCGCUGCUUCCUCCAAAUGUUCUUCUGGAUGCUAAGAACUUGAGGUGGACACUCUGUGCAUCUGAUAGGUGUUUUUCGAAUCCUGUAACUUCAGCAUUUUUCCGAUCUGUCAAAGUCUUGCCAGUUGCUCGUGGUGAUGGGAUUUAUCAAAAGGGUAUGGACAUUGCUAUUUCAAAAUUAAAUCAAGGUGGCUGGGUUCACAUCUUCCCAGAAGGUAGUCGUUCUCGAGAUGGUGGUAAAACCCUGGGGUCACCCAAGAGAGGUGUUGGGAGGUUGGUCCUUGAUGCUGACAAUAUUCCCAUGGUUAUUCCAUUUGUACAUAGCGGGAUGCAGGACAUCAUGCCUAUUGGUGCCAGUUUCCCGAGGAUUGGCAAGAGGGUGACGGUGGUUAUUGGUGAUCCAAUCUACUUUGAUGAUUUGCUAAAUAAUGAAGGAGCAAAGCAUUUAUCAAGAGGAAAGUUAUAUGAUGCAGUAUCCUCAAGAAUCGGUCAUCGAUUACGUCAACUGAAAGUUCAGGUUGACAAAUUGACUAAAGGGACACAAUUACUAAAUGAUGGUUCACUGAUAGAAGAAACUCCAGAACUAGUUGUUGCCGGUACACAAGAGCCCAGGUCUUUUGAUCGGUUCCGAGUGGGUUUCUCAAAAGAUGGCUGGAUUGCAUCAAGGAUGCGUAGUUUUAUGGAACCUACUGAGCUGAUGGGAUUUGCAGCCAGAGGCUUAUUUGUGAACCGUAGAGCAGUUGAAACCUCUGAAAGUGGUAGUAGAAGGGUUGGCCCGUUGAAAGCAUGGAACCAAUUUCUUGAAGCCAAUGUACUACCAAGAUGGAACUGUGCCUGACUUUACUUCCAACUUUAGCAGAGGCUGAUGUAAAUUAUAAUUAGGGUGUUCAUUUAUAAAUGAACUACAAUUUUGGUCAGGAAUUUUUUUUUUUUUGUCAGCUUAAUAGGAAGGUUAUAAUAAAACAAACUGCCUUUUGUUUCCCAAUGUAAACAGGUGAAAUUUACUAAAGCUAAAUAUGAUCCGGUAUUUAUUGAA